UGCUGCUGAGAAGUAUUUUAGUUGAAUUUGAAGCAACGCCCGAACAGGUUUAGCGCGAAUGUGUUUAGGAAUGUUAAUAAUAGUGUAAACGAGACGGAAAUAUGCAAACCUUUUUGAGAAACAGUGAUCAUUUAUUUACUUUUACCAAAAGUAGUUUGUAUAGUUGUAUUAAAUUAUUAAUAAAAAGAAUUCCUGGAUUGAAAGAGAGGAAAUGAUAAAAUAGAUCGCUCUAAACAAAACAAUGUGGAUGUAAACAUUUUUUUAUAGAUAAUAUGUACAUAUACGUUUAUGGACGUAUGUAUACAUAUGUACAUGCAUAUAUGUAUUCCUAUAGUAGAAGAAAAGGCCAACAAUAUUGGGGAGCGAAACGACCUUACUAAUAAUAAUUUCUCAAAAAGUUUGUUGGUCAUGUGGAGAAAACAUGAUAAUAUACAUUGAACCAAACUUUACGCCGCAAAGCAAACCAGCAACAGAAUUUUGUGGCCUAUUUACUUGUAUAUGCAAGGCGAGAAACUCGAAAGUAAAAAAAUUUGGAACUUUCAGAGAGGAAACCACAUUGUUUUUUAGUAUUAUUUUGCAAAUAUACUUCUACCACUCCCAAACUUUAAAACAUACGGUAUGUUUUAAAAAUAUCAAACCAAAACUUGACGUAGUCUACACAAAGUCUCAAAAGUACUCAAGAAUAUGGUUUAUUUUGAUUUUAUUGCUGCCAACUUUGCAUGAAAUCAAUGGUCAUGAAAUGUCCGGCCAAACGUCAAAUUUAAAUGGAAUAUUUUCAUCCCGUAAGCAAUAUGAUAAUAGCCAAUUAUCCUCAUCGCCGCCGAAAAAUCUCACCAUUAAAGCUGAGAGCGUCAGAACCUACCAACUACAACUAAGAAUCCAAACCAAAAUAUCACGUACGGAAAAGAAUCUCAACAAUUUAUUCAAAAGGAUAAGACUGCAACGAAGAGGCUCAGUUCAUAAUGCCAGUUUAAAAAACACAUCUUACUUAAAUAAUCAGGAAACAGCUGUUGAACCGAGAAAUACGUUAACAAUUAACGGAAGAAAGACCAGAGAAAUCGGAGACAUUCUGUUGGGAGAAAGAACCGUUAAUAAGCAGCCGCACAAAAAGCCAAAUUCAAAGCAAAUAGAUGCAGAAAAGCUAAAGCGCCUUAUUUUAAAAGGCCUUGGUAUGAAAAAAAUUCCAGAUAUGAGAAAGGUUAAUAUAAGCCAAGUUGAGUAUUCCAACAAAUAUAUAGAAUACCUGAACCGUCUAAAAAGUGGCCACGAAAAGAGUGAUAGCUAUUUUAAUAACUACUUAGGACCUUCUUCCGUAAGAGACCUACAUUUGUUGAGUAUUGUUUCAAACAAAUUUAACGACAUAAGCAACAAACGAUGGCGUCAUAAAAGAUCACUUAAAACCAAAAAAAGAAAAAAUAAAGCUGUCGAAAUUGGGCAACAGGACAAAACGAACAUACUUUUACACUUCCCAUUGACAAAUUUAAAAAAUGAAAAUUUCCAUUAUGACAAAAUUGACGAAGCCAAUGUUAGGCUUAUGCUUCUUUAUAGCUCAUCCCUGGCAACGAACUCUAGAAACUCUAGAAAUCGAAAAUUCAGUCACAUUUAUAGAAAUAACAGUUCAAAGGAUAAUAUAAGAAACUGUAAUUUUGGUUUUGUUAACGCUAAUCAAUCCAAAAAGGCCAAAAGUCGGCAUUUAGUUCUUAAAGUCUAUCAACGUCUUUCAGCGAACAGACGAGCUUUACUAACGUCCCGAAAAAUCGAAUUCGAAAAUAUUGGCUACGAAGAAACUCGGACUCAGUGGAUAGAGUUCGACGUAACGAAAGCUGUUCGUUGUUGGUUGAACAAUAGCCACGAAAAUUUGGGUAUAGAAAUUCAAUGUGAUAAGUGCAAAAGCGUAGGUGCUCGAAUACUUAGUGACUCUAGCCCGAAGUCAUCGCAGUCGUCAUCAGCGAAAUCUUCAGCCUCAAACGAUGAACACUUUAACCUUAUGCCAGUUCUAAAUAUAAUUGUACACGGUGCCUUAAGAACCGAACGGGAAGGUGACUCGGACGUCCAUCACAUCCUGUUGUCCAAUAAUAGAAGCGGUGAAUAUGUUCAUCACCAAUCGAUCCACGAUGCCUCUUGGGCAAAAGACUCGUGGAACAACAAUUGUUACAAAUUACACCAACGGUGCUGUAGAAAUCAGUUAAAUGUAGCCUUUAGAGACAUUAAGGGUUUUGAGUUUAUAUUGCAGCCCAAGGUAUUUGAUGCAGGCUAUUGCCAAGGACGAUGCCCACCACGUCAUAAUCCGGCCCAUCAUCACGCCCUGCUGCAAAGUCUUAUAUGGCAAAAGGACCACACGCUAGCACCCCGUCCGUGUUGUACACCCUCAAAGCUUGAAGUGCUCGAAAUUUUGCACGUUGACGAAAAUAACAGCAAUAAGCUAAAGAUUUCCACCUGGAGUGAUAUGCAAGUUCUAGAAUGUGCCUGCUCUUAAACAAAAUGAAAUAAUAUUAUUAUACAUACAACUUUUACCUAAAUGUCUUUUUAUUCAUACAAAUUAUUUUAAGGUAUUCAUUUUUGUACCACUUUUAACGAAUAUUUAAAUAAAUAUUAGUAUUUUGUUCAAAAAUA